GAUGGAAAUUCGAAAAAUAAAAGAGUUCACUAAACGAAACCCUCACAUAAGUUUAAAUGUGUUCGGGUAUGAUGAGGAAUCUGAUAAAAUAAUUGGACCACUUUACUGCGAUGGAGUGGAAAUGAGAAUCCACAUUAAUUUAUUAUUCGUCGACGGACCAACGGCGGGUAUUCAUGGACACUAUGUAUGGAUUAAAAAUAUUUCAUCUCUACUUGCCAAACAACUGGGUAAACAUCGAGUUAAGCGUUGGUUCUGUAAUCAAUGCUUACAAUACUCGACGAGUGAGGAGAGGGCGGCUCAACAUACAUUGAGAUGUAGUCGGGUGGUUACCGAGGGACCAAGGAAGGAUCAGAAGAUCACCUUUAAAAAUCAUCACCGUCAGUUGGAGGUUCCGUUCGUCGUGUAUGCAGACUUUGAAUGUAUAUUGGAACCAGUAUCAUUAGAUCUUCAUCGCAAGGCGUGGCGUUCCACUUCGGAUGUAUUCGGACAACGCCACCAACUUCGUCGGGACAAACAACGUACUCAAGGAGCUACAGAUGGAGUUCUCGAAGCAGCAGGAGAAACUGCAGUUGUUCGCGUCGGAGAUGGGGAUGGAAUGGCACUUCAUCCCUCCUCGAGCCCCACAUUUCGGAGGGCUGUGGGAAGCCGCGGUGAAAUCCGCAAAGCAUCUCCUCGUCCGGCAAAUGGCCAACGCGUAACAGCUCGACUAUAA